AUGUACACAAGAUGUCUCCUGAAAGCCACGUAUCCGAUUGCUAGGACCUGGCGUCUUUCGAACACACACUUCGUUCCGUUUCGGUUCUUUUCAUCUGCCAAUUUGGACAGUUAUGUGACGCCCUCUAAUGUCAUCAAUGCACAGAAAAACUUGGGUAUCAAUAUUACCCAGCGAGCAGCAAACAGACUGGCAGAAAUCUCGAAAGAGAGUAGCGAGGCCCUUCGAGUUUGUGUAGAGAGUGGUGGCUGCCAUGGAUUCCAGUACAACUUGAAAUUAAUUCCUCGCGAGCAGUUGAAGCUGAGUGGGAGCGGUCAGAAGAACAUGGCCGCUGCUCCAGAGGGACAAGAUGAGGACUUUGAGGAGGACGACGACUUUGAAAGCGGAUUGGAUAUUGUAUACGAACUGCCGGAGCAGGGUGGUCAGGUGGUCAUUGAUGAGAAAUCGCUAAAAGUGUUGAACAAUACGACCCUGACGUAUACCACUGAGCUUAUAGGCUCAACUUUCAAAAUAACUGGUGGAAACAUGAAACACAGUUGUGGUUGCGGGAGCAGCUUCGACGUGGAAAUAUGA